UAUAUGAGUUCCAAAAUGAUCAGCACUUUUCAAACUGAGGAACCACUUGAUGCUGACAAGGAUUGUAAUCUUGUAACUGACCAUUUCUAUUUCAUUAGAAAGCAUAUCGUUUUAGCAGCCGCCCCUCCUACUCUUGGAUUGGUGCGUUUGUCUCACUGCUUCUCACGAGAGAGGAAAAGUAACAUGGCGGCGACCUUGCGGGCUGCGAAGUGGUUUUUGCAGGUCCCAAGCAAGGUGACUCCACCAUUGUCUCGUUCAGUAUUCCAAGUAGGAAAGGAAGAUACAAAAAAUCCUAACUGGGUAAAAGUUGGCCUGACUCUUUCUUCAACUGUUCUAUUAUGGGUUAUGCUUAUCAAGCACCAUGAUUAUGAAAUGGCAGAAUAUGAAAGGAGAAAAAAAGAACACGAUUCUUAAUGCAAUCUGAUUGUUAUG